AUGCCCCAAAGAGAAACAGAUGACAUCGGCAGCUCGGAGUGGGUGUCGUCACCACUGGACAUGAAGGCAGAUGUGAUUAUCGUGGGAGCAGGAUUCAGCGGCUGUUAUGCUUUACAUCGAAUGCGGCAACUCGGCCUUGAAGCCAAGAUCAUCGAAGCUGGAAGCGACUUCGGUGGUGUUUGGCACUUUAACAGAUACCCAGGAGCGCGCGUCGACUCCGAGACGCCGACGUACCAGUUCAGCCUACGCGAGGUGUGGGCAGGUUUCAACUUCCGAGAACGAUUUCCAGGCCAAGACGAGCUUCGCGAAUACUUCAGUCACGUGGAUAAGACUUGGAAUUUAAGAAAAGAUGCGACUUUCAACACCAGAGUCGAGGAGGCUAGAUACGACAAUGAGCACAGAAUAUGGAGAAUGAAAACUGAUUCUGGGCUUACGACGGAAUCCAGGUUCGUGAUAUUCGCGACUGGAACCACGAACAAGUCAUAUACACCGGAGAUAUCUGGGCUCGAACGCUUCAAAGGGAAGGUCAUUCACCCUUGUGCUUGGCCUGAAGGACUCGACGUCAAGGGCAAGAAAGUUGGCAUAAUAGGCCAAGGCGCUUCAGGACUGCAAAUCUUUCAACAGUUGGCGAAAGAGGAUUGCGCACUGACAGUCUUCGUUCGGACACCCUGCACGGCAAUCCCCAUGAAGCAGAGAGAGCUAUCCUUUGAAGAGUCGGAAACGCUGAAGAACUUCUACGACGGGUUGUUCGAAAAAGCCAAGUUUGAAUCUACCGCGGCGUAUCCAUACAACAAGAACCCGAAGUCAUUCUUUGACGCCACGGAAGAGGAAAGACACCAGCUAUUCGAGCAGCUCUGGACGAGAGGCGGGUUUGGAUUUCUGGUUUCCAAUUAUCACGAUGUGAUGCUUGAUCCCAAGGCCAACGCAAUUAUGUAUGAUUUCUGGGUCAGCAAGGUCAGGUCUCGAAUGACCGAUACCGUCAAAAAGGACAUCGUAGCUCCGUUGAAGCAGUACCAAUGGAUCGGAACGAAACGCCCCAACCUAGAGACGGACUAUUACGAAAUGCUUGACCGGCCUAACGUCAAAUUGGUAGACCUCAAAGCAACGCCAAUCAAGGAGCUCACUCCCUCGGGGAUCACGACAUUCGGAGAAAGCGAUGAGCUGCAUGAUCUAGACGUGAUCAUAUUCGCGACAGGGUACGACUCAGUGACCGGGAGCCUCCACGACAUGAAUAUACACGAUCGCAAAGGCAUCAAGCUCCAGGACAAGUGGAAGGAUGGCAUUCGCACAUAUCUUGGGAUGAUGAUUGAAGAUAUGCCCAACGCAUUUCUCUUAUACGGACCACAGGCGCCAACCUCGGUGGCGAAUGGACCGCCGUUCAUUGAGAUGGAGGUCGAUUGGAUUGCUCAAUUGGUACAGAAGGCUCGGCGAGACGGUGUAUCCUCCAUUGAGCCUACGGAAGAAGCUGUGAGCAAUUGGCGACAAUCAGUCAUGGCCGCGUUUGAGCCCACCCUCUACAGAUAUAGCACUGGCUGGUGGACUGGUAUGAACAUACCAGGCAAGAACCGGGAACCUCUCAUUUUCUUCGGUGGCUUGGAAGCCUGGUGGGAGCGUUGCAAUGAGGCUUUGACAGACUGGUCACAUUUCGAAGUUUUUAUCGCUUAA